GGGAAAAAUUAUUACGAGCUGGAUUACUCCUCCCCUCCACCAGCAUGUCACUAAUUUUUACUAUUCCCCUUCAAAACAUAUUGUCCAGUAUUUUUACAUUAAUUUGGGCUUUGGAAUGAACUGCCGCGAGCUUGAAUUCGAGGCUUUCUCCGGUGCACCCCUAACUCAAUUUCCUAGGGGUAUUCUUGACCCCCGCCAUCUAUUUUUUCUCCGGCCCGCCGCUGCCCAUAUCCAAGCCCCGUAGCCCAUAUCCAAGCCCCGUAUAACCCGUAUGACCCAUACGUAUGUAUACGGUGACAUCCCGAAAAAAAGGAUGACACGACCCCACGACGGCCGAUCCAUCAAUCACGCAGCUCAAUCAAUCACGCAGCUCCUCCAUCAUUCUGGUGAGUUUCUGUAGGAAUAUCGGCGGCAGCGAUCUUAUCGCCGGUGAUCUCGUCCGAGAGCGCGCGCGGCACCGUCGUCAACCUCCAGCGCUCGCAGGAAAUGGCGGACGAUGAGUUAACUGAUAUGAUGUAUGACAUGGAGUUUGGAGAACUGAUGAAAGACUGGAUAGAAGAUUGGUCAGAUGAUGAAAAUUCAGAUCGUGGAGAUAGGUCAGAGAAUGGGAACGUAUUGGAAGAUCUUAAUAUGGAUGAACAUGAUGAUGGUCAGGAAAACAAUGAGCAUGAUGAUGGUGAGGAAAACAACUCGGAGAUCUCGAAUGAAGAUUACAUUAGUCAGCUCAUUUCCGAAUGUCAUAAUGCGUACGACUAUUACGGUGAAUCCGACGCGGAGACAGGCCUUGAUGUCGAAUCAUUAGCUGCAUCUGAUUCUGGGGAGUCGCAAUCGUCGGUCAUCAUGAGUGAGGUGACAGAAGUUGAGGGGAAAAAGAAUGUCCAAGAUACUGCUAGUGCAGAUGAUAAGAGGGAUAUGUUCAUGCAGAUAAUACAAAUGACUUUUACGUCUCACGAGGCUGCGUAUGAUUUCUACAACAGCUAUGCUAGAGAUAAUGGUUUCAGCAUUAGAAAGAAUAGGGUCAGGUAUAGCAAAACCGAGUCACGUCAUAUGCGCUAUAGGCGGUUUGUUUGUUCCAGACAAGGAAAACGUGACAGCAGGUUGCUAACCGAGGAAGGACACAGCCGUAGGCUCAGACCCGAGACACGCUGCCACUGCGAAGCGCACCUGACCGUGAAGCUUGACCAAAAGCAUGGGGUUUGGUAUGUUGAUAGUUUUGAGGACAAGCAUAGCCAUAUCUUGGCAGGACCGGACGAGGUACCUUUUCUUUGGUCCCACAGAAAAAUCAAAGAGUACCAGAGAGCUGAGAUACUGUCCAUGGGAGCUGCAGGGAUUAGAAUUCACGACAUGAUGGAUUCCUUCAUCAGCAAACAUGUAUGGUAUGUCGGUGUUGGUUUUACCAGACGUGAAAUAUACAACCUUUGCGCCAGGGAGAAGAGGAAUCUGCUUUCAAAAGGUGAUGCUGCCACAGUCAUAGGCAUCAUGGCCAGUAGGAAACAGAGGGAUCCUAGCUUCUUUUUCGAGUACAAGCUAGAUAAGGAAGGACAUAUGAAUAGGAUGUUCUGGUGUGACUCCCAGUCUCGUCAUGACUAUGAGGACUUCGGCGACGUGCUUGUAUUUGACAGCACGUACAAGAUGAACCGGUAUGGUAUGCCAUUCAUACCCUUUGUUGGUCUUAACAAUCACCGGAAGACCACUGUUUUUGCUUGUGCCAUAGUUUCGGACGAGACCGAAGAGACAUAUGUGUGGCUGCUGGAGACUUUUUUGAGGUCCAUGUGUCAAAAGAUGCCUAUGAGUGUUCUCACGGAUGCCGAUGCUGCGAUGAUCAAGGCAAUUCGCCAAGUCUUGCCAGACGUGUGGCACCGUAUAUGUACGUGGCAUAUAGAAAAAAAUAUGAAGAUUCACCUCAGUCACAAGUCCUUGAAGGAGUUCCGAACUCUUCUGUACUACAGCACGUCCACGGCCACGUUUGAGGAGAGAUGGCACGCGUUUUCCAAAAGAUGGCAGUCGGAAAAAACAGUAACAUGGUUGAGACGGAUGUAUAAGAAGAGGAGACUGUGGGCCGCGGCUUAUCUGACAGAGGGUUUUUGGCUUGGCAUGAAAAGCAACCAGAGGAGUGAAAGUCUAAACUCAUGCCUUCACCUCCACCUAGACGGUGAAAUGACCCUGGUGGAUAUGAUUUUGCACUAUGAGAACGCCGUUGUACGUAUCCGUGAGAAUGAGGCACGAGAUGAUUGCACGGCCUCACAGAGUUUACCGGUGCCAGUUACUAGCUCGAGGGAACUUGAGAUAGCUGCUUCUCACGUCUUCACUCCAGCAAACUUCUAUAUGUUGCAAGCUGAUCUUAGGAAAAUUGGUGGCAUGGAGAUUGUAGAAAUAAAGCUCGGAGACGGAUCACAGCAGUACAUCGUGGCCUAG